GUCAUCCCUUGUGAAUCUGGAACCUGGACAAUGCCUAUCACCACCAUCUCUUUCUCUUUCUCCUCUCUUUUCAACAAACAAACCCACCAAAUCCCAUGCCUUCAGGUGGGGCAGUGGCUUAUCACAAUAUGAGCCCCUCCGUCUUCCUCCUAUUCCUUUUUGUCACUGUCCCUUUCCUUCCCCAUUCUGCCCUCUCUAACCCUCUAGGGUUUUUUAUAAAUUGUGGGGGAACCAAUGAUGUAACAGUAGACAGUCUAAAAUACAUUGCUGAUGGAAGCUACACAAAAGUUGGAUCUGUUGCAACCAUUAACAAAACAGACUUAUUGCCAACACUUACCACAUUGCGUUACUUCCCCAACACGCAAUCUAGAAAAUUUUGCUAUACAUUUCCAGUUAUCAAAGGAAACAAAUACCUUGUGAAGACUAUAUACUAUUAUGGAGAAUUUGAUGGAGGGAAACAGCCGCCGGUGUUCGAUCAAAUCAUUGAAGGGACUAAAUGGAGUGUUGUUAAUACAACAGAAGACUAUUCUAAAGGUCUUAGUUCUUAUUAUGAGGUUGUGGUUGUGUCUCAUGGGAAGAAGUUGAGCGUGUGUUUGGCUAGGAAUGAACAUACUGGUACCUCAAGUCCCUUCAUCUCUGCUUUGGAGGUUAAGAGUUUGGAUGCUUCUUUGUAUAAUCCUAUUGAUUUUUCUAAGUAUGCCCUUGUAACUGUUUCUAGGCAUCAUUUUGGAGGUGAAGAUAUCAUUAGUUUUCCAGAUGACAAAUUUAACCGGAUGUGGCAACCAUUUAAGGACGAAAAUCCAGUCGUGACAAGCAAUUCAAAUAUUUCAUCUUCAGAUUUUUGGAACCUUCCUCCAGUUAAAGCAAUUAGUACAGGAAUAACCACAAGUAAAGGAAAACCACUUGAAAUUCAAUGGCCACCAGUGUUGCUUCAAAGUUCCUACUACUACAUUUCUCUCUAUUUUCAAGAUAACAGAAAUCCAAGCCCUUUUAGCUGGAGAACCUUUGAUGUUGCUAUCAAUGGCCACACAUUUUACGCCAACCUUAAUGCCACAUCUAAGGGUGUCACAGUUUAUGCUGCACAGUGGCCACUUUCUGGACAGACCAAAAUUACUAUGACACCUUCUCCUGACAUGCCUGUUGGACCUAUUGUCAAUGCUGGAGAAGUUUAUCAGAUUCUUCCCCUUAGCGGUCGAACUCAAACUAGAGACAUAAUUGCAAUGGAAGAUUUGGCUAAAAGUCUUCAAAAUCCACCUCGUGAUUGGAACGGUGAUCCUUGUCGGCCUAAAGGGAAUUCGUGGACUGGAGUUACCUGCUCUGAUCAAUUUAUUGCACGAGUCAUCGCAUUGAAUUUAACCAAUGGUGGCAUAGCUGGAACACUUCCUCAAACUAUUGGCAAUUUAACUGCUCUUUCUCAUCUUUGGGUUGGAGGAAACAAACUCACAGGCAUUAUUCCUGACUUGCAUGGACUGAGGGAGUUACAAACUUUGCAUUUGGAGAAUAACAAGUUUGAAGGGUCACUUCCUCCAUCCAUAGAGAAACUUCCGAAACUUCACGAAAUUUCUUCUGAUAUUCAAAUUAAAAAGUUGGAUGCAAAAGCUACGAAACAAGUAAAGUGAAGUCCAACAAUUCUUCUGUCAGAAUCAGCAUAAUGUCGUUGCAAAUCCUGCCGAUUUUGUAUGUGAUUGGGAAGUUUCGAAUACAAUGAUAGUUGUAAUGAGAAGAGGAGAAUUGGAACCAAAUGAAUCUCAUUAUUUCCUUACACAUUGUCAAGUAUCAUAUUGUAAACCAGAACUAUGUAAAGUAAAUACAUCAAAGUUAGUAAUGAGUACAAAGAAUAGAUUCUAUUAUG